AUGGCGAGUAGUCGUGCGGGUGGUAGUGGCGGAGGCGCUAGUGAUAGUGAUGGCUUUAGUAAUGAUGAAUUGGAUCUCGCUGUGCAAGCGGCGAUUGAUCGACGGAUCCCGGCAGAGGCGGCGGCCGUGCCUCGGCCAAUCCAUCGCCGACGGCAUGUACCCCGGGACCACAUUGCUGCACAUCACCGGUUGUAUGCGGACUACUUUGCUCCAGAGCCGCGCUUUCGCUUUAUUCCGUCGACGUUUAGGAUGCAUCGUCCUCUGUUUAUGCAUAUCGUUGGUGCAUUAGAGAGAAGGUACGAGUUUUUCGGAAUCGGGAGGAUGCGGGUCGGCAAACCCGACACACGCCAAUACGUAUGUACGGCCGCAAUCGUAACCGGCGUACAGAGGCCGGCCGACAUGUUCGACGAGUACCUCCACAUUGGAGUCUUCACCAUCGAGUGUCGGUGGAGUUUUGCGCGGCGUUAG